CACCGGAGCCGGGCCCGGCCCGGCGGGAGCAGGAGGAGGAGGAGCGGGAGCAGGAAUCAGUCCUCCACGCCAGAGACGCUUCUGCCCUCGCCGCUCGCUCAGCCCUGUCUCCGCUCAGCGGCCCACCCGGGACCGCCCCCUCCCUGCCGUGGCCAUGGGGAACAUCUUUGGGAACCUCCUCAAGAGCCUCAUCGGGAAGAAGGAGAUGCGCAUUCUGAUGGUGGGGCUGGAUGCAGCUGGCAAGACCACUAUUCUCUAUAAGCUGAAGCUGGGAGAGAUCGUCACCACCAUCCCCACCAUCGGCUUCAACGUGGAGACGGUUGAGUACAAGAACAUCAGUUUCACAGUGUGGGACGUGGGCGGCCAGGACAAGAUCCGGCCCCUCUGGAGGCACUACUUCCAGAACACCCAGGGGUUGAUCUUCGUGGUGGACAGCAAUGACCGGGAACGGGUGAACGAGGCCCGAGAGGAGCUGAUGCGGAUGCUGGCCGAGGACGAGCUGAGGGAUGCUGUGCUCCUCGUCUUCGCCAACAAGCAGGACCUCCCCAACGCCAUGAACGCCGCCGAGAUCACAGACAAGCUGGGCCUGCAUUCCCUGCGCCACCGCAACUGGUACAUCCAGGCCACCUGUGCCACCAGUGGCGACGGGCUCUACGAGGGUCUGGACUGGCUUGCCAACCAGCUCAAGAACAAGAAGUGAGCCUCAAGCCCCCUACCACUCCUUCCCCCCACAACCCUACCGGCUCCCCUCCCUACACCCUGAUGACCAGGGUGACCAGGGUCCACCCCCACCUCUCCCUCCCUCCCCCUCCACCCCGCACCUUGCUGAGAUGGCAAGGCCGUUCCUCCAGUCGCUGUUGUGGUUUGGAUGACAAUUCACUCCGGUUUACUGAAUUUUUUGAACUCUAGUUUCUCAGCACCUCCCUUUUCUCCCCUCCCCCCAAAACUCCCCAGCUGCUGGGGCUCCAGGGGUGAGGGUCUGUCCCCAAUCCUGUUCCCUCGCUUGGUUUGGCUCUGGUUGCUGUGCACUUGGCAUCUGAGUCCCCACUCUGGGCCUUCCCCCACCACCCACACCCCCAGUCUCCCCAGUUCCGGUCUACCUGGAUAUUGCACGGUCCUUGUGUGUGUGUGUGCGUGUGUGUGUGCGUGUGUGUGCACGCGUGUGUGUGUGUAUGUACGGAGAGAGGAAAAGGUGGAAGGGAGGGCAGGGGGAGCCAGGGUCAGGGGCUGGUGGGCCAGGGGAAUGUGGUUAGAAGCCGAGGUCCAGGGCCCCUUUGCUGCAAUCUGGGCAUGGGAGUCUGAGGAGCACCCCCGCCUUCUCUACUCCCCUCCCCCGUCCCUUUUCCCCACCCCCCAGCCUUGACUACUGCCUGGCGGUGACGGGGCUGAUCCUGGGCCCCUCCCCUGAGUCUCCUCUCUGCUUCCGGGCCAGGACCCCUCCUCGCUCCCAGCUCUAAUCCUCCAGCUGAAGGGACCACUGACGGAGCCAGCUCCCACCCCCCUCCUGCUUCCCGACAAGUCGAUUGAGCUGUGGCAUAGGGGGGGGGGGGGGGGGGGUACCCGCUCCUUUGAGAACUAGAGUUAGAGACUGGAGGCCUGUGGGAUGCAGGGCAGGGCUCUGGGUUGCUCUGUCCUUUCCUGUCCCCCCAACCCCCAGAAGUGAAUAUCCAGUUCAGAAGCUGCUGCUACUCCCCUCACUGACCCUCAGGACCCCGUCAGGCAACCGGAGGCCGAGGCGGGUGCGCCCCCCACCCUUGGUCCGCAGCGGUUUCUGGGAAGCCGCGGCCGCUCCCUUGGGCUCCUGUGUGUGCUGGCUGCGCCCCGAGUCCCCGAGCGGUCCCAGCCCCCUUCCCUCCCUUCCCCCGUACCCCUCCCCCAGAGUGAGGGCUGGGGGGUGGGGCACCCCAUUCUGCCUCCCAAGCGUCCCCUAUCCUAGCAGGGAGGGAGGCCCUUUCUCUUGGCUGCCUCUCAGUGUCUCUCCCCAGGAUCAACUGUGAAGCCCUCUCCCUUCCUUCCUCCCUCCCUCCCUCCCUGCCAAGCCAGAACUCAUUCCUGCCGCUGCUUGGUUGUUGCAUCUCGCUCUUUGGGUUUCUGUGUGCGCAUAGAUGCAUGCAUAGGUGCGUGUGGGCGUGUGCAUAGACGGGUGCCUGUGGUUGUGCGCACGUAUGUGUAGGCGCAUGGGUGUGCGUGUGUGCCUGCGCACACAUAUAGAAGGGGGCGAAGGCUGGGUUUCAGGUUUUCGCAUUUUAAUUUCACUCCCAACACCCGCCCCCUUCCCCUCCCCCAGCUACCCCCUCCGCCCCACGGCCCUGGGGUUCAGGCCGGUCUCUGCCCCUCUAUCUAGGUCCUUCUGCUCUGGGGGAGACUCUUACCCAGACUGCUCCCCCCGCCCCUCCUCCAACCCUAGUUUGCUCCACAGAGGGGUCUGCUGACCCCCAGCUCCGCUCUCGGCAUCCAGGCAUCCGCGCUGCUUCAGAAGGGGCUGGCAGGGGGCGGUGCCUGUGUCCUCUUCCUCCUGCUCUUCCUGUCCUCCUCCUCCCGCUCUUCCUCCUCCUCCUGCCGCCUCUGCCCCAAAGUGUUGGCCGGGAGGGGAGCGGAGCAGCAGGAGGGUUACCCCUGGGUGUCUGUCAGGCACAGGAUCAGACAUUUUUGUUCUGGGCCCCUGCCUUCCUUCCCCUCCUGCCUCCCCCCACCCCCUAGUGUGUGUGGUGUGUAGUGGUAUCUGCAGUUCUGAGCUGGUUCCCCCCCCACACCCUGCCUUUUGCCCCUGCCCCUCCCUCCCCCCCGGAAUGUGUUCAGUUCCUGUGUAAUGCCCCAUUUCCGCCCCCGCCCCUCCUUCCCAGGGACUGUGACCCUGGUUGGAUAUUAAACAUGUUUUAUGUAGCCCUG